AUGCCAUACACAGAAGCUGGAGUAGUAAUGGUUGUGCCAGUCAUAGACAACAGGAGGAAAAAUGCAUGGGCUUUCCUUGAGCCUUGGACAUGGGACCUUUGGCUAACAACUUCUUGUUUCUUCAUUUUUAUUGGGUUUUGUGGUUGUGCCAGGGAGAGAGUUGGUAGCAACUUGGCUAGAUUCGUGAUGAGCAUGUGGAUAUUUGUUGUGCUAAUACUGACAAUAAACUACACAGCAAGUCUAGCGUCACUAUAUACAGUUCAGCAACUCCAGCCAAGUGUUACUGAUAUAAAGGAUCUUGUAAGGAAGGAGGAAAACAUUGGCUACUUAAACAAUUCUUAUGUUUACGAUAUCUAA